AUGUCAGACACUGUAUAUCAAAAUCAGUCAUUGAAAAGUCAAACUAAUGUACAGUCGAACAAUUAGAUCAAGAAGGAUAAACCUGUUAUUACACAGAUAAUUCGGCAACCUUCAAUCCCUUAAAUCAGAAUAUCAAAAAAUAAUCGAUCUUCAAAUUAUUAACCAACUCCAACCAAAUUAAACAGUGAAAAGCAAAUUACUUUAUAAUAAUUAUCCAGAGAUUACACAUCUAUAGAAUCUACUAUGUUAUUUAAUAGUUAAAUUUGCCUGAAUUAAUUUGCUGUGUAAAAUCAGGUUACUAAACCGACUAUUACGAUUAGUGGGUCAAUUGCACCAUAAGAAAACCUCUCCAAAAAGUAAUAAUUGAAGAAAGUUAAUGAAACAAUUACUUAACCAAGAGAGAUUAAAUUAAAAGUAUAAACAAAAGAAGACUUGUAAAUUUCCACAAAGAGUAUAUUAAAAGAUGAUGAAAAUGACAAUGUAAAUUCUCUAAAUUUCAGAACCAAAAGCCUAAUGUUUGGAGACUUGGCUGUUUUAAAUUUCUACAGAAAAAAAGUAGAUUGCAACAGAAUAAAUCAUACUAUGCAAAUUAUUUAAAAAUUAAAUAAAUUUAAAAAGGAUGACUAGAGCUAAACUCCUUCUAAUUUCCCAAUACUUGAGAUAAAUCCGAUUAAAGCUUAACUAUAAUAGCAAUUUAAUCCUGCUGUGCCUUCAAAUUAGGUGAAGUUAAUAUAAAUCAAAUAAGAUGACUCUGAUGAAUAAAAUGUAAAUAAACUUAAUUUUUCUAUGAAUUAACUAACUUUAUAAAAUGAAAUUCAGAAUAAAAAAGAUAAGGCAAUAAGUUCAAAAGAAACUCAUUUUAGAGCACCUUUAAAAUAGGAAUCUAAAAGACACAUCCAAUAAAGUUUAUCUUUUAACACCAAUAUUAUUUUUGACGUAAAGGAAAGUUUCAUCCAAAGUUUCCCCUGUAGAUCUAUCUCAUUUUCAUAAAUAUAAGUUGAUACUAGUUCAAAGGAAUCAAACUCCAUAAAAAUGAAUUAAAAAACCAUUGAAGAUAAUCAAGCUCUAGUCAUUUAGUCAGUCAAUUUGAAUGACAAAUUCCAAUUUGCGUUUCUUGUUCGAGAUAAAAUUGAAAUUAACAAUAAUUAGAUUUGGUUAUCACAAACUUUAAUAAAGGAUCAUAAUAUUCCUAUUUAAGCUUCAGAAUAAAAAGAUAAUCCAAUCCAAAAACUACAUAAAUUUAUAUUAAUUCGUGAUUAUGAUAGGAAUGUAUCAUCCUCUAAAUUGCCUCAAAUUUCUUAGACUCAAUUGAUUGUCAAUACCGAAUAAGAUUCAUUCGCAUAAUAAAGUCCUUUAGUAACUAAAAAUCAAUUUACUUUUGAGCAUCUACGAAAAGAUUAAAGCAACGAAUCAAGCAAAAUAGUGUAGGAAAUGAUGCCAUACAAUUUUGAUAAUGAAGUUGAAAUUACCUUUAAUGAUUAAAUAUAAACAAAAGACAAACCUUAGUACCCCACUUUGCUUGAAAUGAAUAGGAUGAAAAUAGAAAAGAUAAAAUAAAUUAUAAUUGGAACCAAAUCUCCAAAAGAUCUAUUAAAACCAAAUUUAGAAGUUAAGGAAGAGAUAGGCUAAAAAUUUAGCUCAUCUAAACUGAAUACGGUUUCAGAUGCUUCUCCAAAAUUUAAGAAUUUAAGUGUACAUGGAAGUAAAGUAUUUGAUGAUGCAAUUAAAACAGUAUUGUAAAAGGAAAAGUUAAGGAGUUCGAGCAUUGAUAAAGCAACCAUGCAUAUGUAGAUGAGUAAAAACCAAUCAUCAGUUUUAAAUAGAUUUAAGAAAAUAAAAUAUCUAGGAAGAGGUAAGAUGAGUGACGUUUAUUCUGUAAUAGAUAAAAAGACUGGGAUGGCUUUAGCACUAAAAAUAAUUUAGAAAUCCUUAAUAAAGAGUAAAGGAUUAGCUAAUCUAGUUAGCAAUGAGAUCAAGAUCUAAAUGUAUUUGGUUCACUCUAACAUUUUAAAGUGCUUCGGUGUUAUUGAUGAUAUCAAAUAAAUAGCUUUAAUACUUGAAUUAAGUGACUAGACAUUGCAUAGCUUAAUAAGAAAUUAAAAGUUGUCUAGAAGACAAAUGAUCAAUAUCCUAUUUUAGAUUUUAAGUGCAAUUAAUCAUUUACAUAAUUUGGGGAUUAUUCAUCGGGACAUAAAACCUGAGAAUAUCUUGUUAUGCCAAGAUGUGAUUAAGUUGGCUGAUUUAGGGAUUUCAAUAAGGGCAAAUAACAGUUCUUAAUAUUGUGGUACAAUAGGUUAUAUGGCUCCAGAGAUCAAAGAAUAUCAAAAUUAUACAGCUAAGGUUGAUUGUUAUAGUGUGGGAGUGUUGAUUUUCGAAAUGAUGUAUUAGAAGCUUCCAAGUCAAACUCUAUCUCAAAUUAAGAAUCCUGAGAAGGAUCCAUUGAUAGAUUUAAUGAAUAAUCUCAUAGAAAUGGAUCAAUAUAUUAGAUUCUCUUGUUAGCAAGCUUUGAACCAUGAAGUUUUUAAAGAUUUCAAGUAAAAUCAAUUCGGAAAACCGUAACUCUAAAAAGAAAUGGUACGACUACUAUGA